CAUUUGAUAAUCUCCCUCCCGUGCUUCAAAAUCGUAAAACAGCUACCUUGGUCCUCAAAGCUCUAAAAAAAGAUCAAGAUAUGCCCGCUCUUUUAUUUGAGUGGAAUGAGGCAGGUUUCAAUGAUGUUCCCACUGCUCCAGGUCUUCGAAAUGGCAUUGCUGGCCAAAACAGGGUUGCGAUUAUCACAAAUAUUACAACAAAUGGUGCAACAAGCUAUAAUGAUAUCGUAUUUACAUUUCCAAAUGGCAAUGCCAUUGGAGUAUGGGUUAAUCAGACACGCGUGAAUAUACCAUGGGCAAUGAAUCAACCAGGCAUUCCAAAUGUUUGCACUUCAGUCACCAGAAUUAACCGAAUUACUGAACGUGAUACAGGCACACCUUCAACUGCGUUUGAUCUUGAGGACUUUUCAAUUGUCUUGAAUCCUUAA